AUGAGGACACAUACCGGCGAAAAGCCCUAUAAGUGUGGUGAAUGUAGCAAACAAUUCAGUCAGCUGGGUAGUCUGAAGAUACACAUGCGGACUCAUACCGGUGAGAGGCCGUAUAGGUGUAAUGAAUGCAGCAAACAAUUCCGUGUUCUGGGUCAUCUGAAGCAGCAUAUAAAGACCCAUCUUGGUGAGAAACCUUACAAAUGUGAGGAGUGCGGCAGACAGUUCAGUGAGCAGGGUUCUCUAAAGAGGCAUAAGAAGACUCAUACUGGGGAGAAACCUUACAAAUGUGAGGAGUGCGGCAAGCGGUUCAGUCUUCUUGGUGAUCUGAAGAUACACAUGCGGACUCAUACCGGUGAGAAGCGAUAACUGCGGCAAACAGUUUAGUGUACUGUAUAAUCUGCAAAAGCAUAUAAAGACUCACACUGGCGAGAAACCUUACAAGUGUGAGGAGUGCGGAAAACAGUUCAGUUUGCUGAAUAAUCUAAAGAUACACAUGCGGACUCACACCGGUGAGAAACCCUAUAGGUGUGAUGAAUGC